CUCAGCUUUACAGUCCACUUCUUAUCAUCGGUUAUUUGUAAAACGACUGUUAAGUUCCUCCGUCGUGGAGGACUGUCACGUGUCAGUACAGGACUAGGGAAAUACGUGUUGCUUUUGAGGCAAAUAUCGACAGAAUACAUACACGUUGCGUCAGUACUCAUCACCGAAAAACUAGACAACUAUGGCCGCGACUACUCCCACGCCAACCUGUAAGGCCAGCGAUGAGUACGUGGCCCCGGCUUCACCUGCUGCCUACGUGAUGUGGCAUAUCGUGAAAAAAGGAUUUCAAGCUGGCAGCGUAAUUGGCGUCGCCGCUGUUCUUCCAGCAAUGGUUCUUUGGAAGAAGGUCCGCGAUCCCACCGCUUUGAUGCGCGCACUUGGAACGAGCGCAGUCACCGGUGCAGCUGCGACAGGCGCCUUGGGGGCUCUCAAGUUCACCACCAUCGACCAGGCCGGUUUCGAGGACCGUGCCUACCGCCUGCACUACAACAAGGGCCAGAACCGCACCGACUGCUUCUCCUUUGCGGGAGCCUUUGUGGGCCUGGCGGCGGCUGCCGUGCUGCUGCCACGUGGCGUCGCCGGUACGACGGCGGGGUUGUACGGCAUGGCUCUCGUGGGCGGCAGCGCGGCGGGCUGCGCGCUGGGCGUGGCGGCGCAUGUGACGGCGCCUGAGGGGUGCGGCAUGAAGUGCCCGCGGAAGUGCCCCAAGAAGGUGAAGCAGCCGGAGGGGGAGCAGGCGAAGGGUGAGAAGGCGUGAGCAGGAGGGGAAUGGGGAGGGAGGUAUAUACGAUGGAGAAGUGGGAGCAGGCAGGAGGAGGGAAGCGGGAAGGUGGGAUGACGUGAUUCAUGAGAACGAGAGGGAGGGGCAUGAAGGAAAGGAAGAGCAGGAGGAGGGUAGAAAGACUUUGGAGUAGAAGGAGAGUGACCGACUUGGAGGCGUGGUAGGGAGCAACGUGAGGCCAUGCUGCAUCAUGGGGGCACCAUGCGACUGCUGAGGUGAGGUGGUGCAAGGAUGCUAAGAAGUCAAACAACGGGAACGAUCGAUGGCCGUCUUUUUGUGUUAGGAAUGAUCCGGGGCUCGCGUGCAUGUUCACGUGUUUUGCAUGACAUUUAUAUGCUGCUUCCUGGCAUACAGUGAUACCGGCGGUAUGACGCAUUGUUGCAAGACGUGACACUUCGUAAGAUGCGGAUGGAUUCAGCUGAGGGCACUGCAUUUGUAGUGAUUGGGCGCAUCGUGAUGUAUGACUGAGCAUAACCUUAGUGUCCUACACCGCACGGCAAUUGGAGGAUAUUGCAAUCAUAUGUACUCGAGCAUCCGUAUUUGGUAGGGAUGUUACCCAUCUGCUGUGCAUGCUAGUG